UCAGCCAAUCAACAUUUCACACGAUUUAUUAUUUCUUCGCUUACCGUGGACUGCGAUUAGGCUGUAGGUGGAAAUAUUAUCGACGGUAUUUUUUCAAUCAUUUUCGUUAGUUCAUUGGCACAAUUCGGCCGUAUCGAAACACUUCACCUUGUAGGCUUUUAGCUCUAUUGUGAUAAAAGACUUAAGUUAUUCAGAAUGCGGUGGUUAACUCUAUUAGUUUUAUUAUUGGCAACUGUUGCAGUUUAUAGUGAAGAUGAAGUAGAAUCAGGAUCAGGCGAAGCAAAUGAAACAGAAGGAACCGGAACACAGGAAGAAGAGGUUGACGAUUGGGAAGACGAUGGAGUCGCGAUACUAUCAGCAGAAAAUUUCGAAGAAUUCAUUAAGGAAAAUGAAUUUGUUCUUGUCGAAUUUUACGCUCCAUGGUGUGGACACUGUAAAUCAUUCGCACCCGACUACGCAAAGCUAGCUAAUGAAUUGGAAGAGAAAAGCUCGCCAAUUAAAGUGGUGAAGGUCGACGCGACGAAAGACUCCAAAUACACCGAAGAAUAUGGUGUGCGAGGAUAUCCAACUUUGAAAUUAUUCAGACGUGGUUCACAUACCGAAUUCUGGGGCCCAAAAACGAUUAGCAAGAUUGUCGAUUGGUUAAAUAAAAAAACUGGUCCGUCUGCCAUCGACAUUAAAAGUAUAGAAGACGCUGAAGAAUUUAUUAAGAGCCAAAGCGUGGCAGUUUUUGGCUUUUUCAACGAUUAUGAGUCUGAAGAAGCAAAGGCAUUCCUGAGAGCGGCUGAUUCUAUUGACGAUUACCGGGCGGCAAUUACCAAGAACCAAGACGUUUAUAAGAAAUACGAAGCGAAAUCCGGUUCCAUCAUUUUGUUUAAGAAUUUCGACGAGGGCAAAGCAAUUUUUGAUGGAGAGUUGACGGAACAGGAAAUUCAGAAAUUUGUGGCAGUAUACGCAGCUCCAUUGAUUAUUGAUUUCAAUAGCAAGUUAACUCACAUUGUAUUUAGUGUUAUCAGGAGUCACGUAUUGAUGUUCGUGUCGAAGGAGGCUGGACACAUGGAAGAAUAUGUUCAACCACUUAGAGAGACGGCUGAGCAGUACAGAGGCAAAAUAUUAUUUAUUGCUCUCGAUACGGAUGUAGCAGACCAUCAACGAAUUUUGGAUUUCUUCAAUAUCAACAAAGAAACAGUUCCAACCAUACGAAUGGUUCUUUUUGCGAACGGUGCCAACAAAAAGUAUAGACAAAAGGAUGAUGAUCUGUCGCCCGAAAGCAUUAGGUCAUUCAUUCAAGAUGGUAUCGAUGGUAAAUUGAAGGUUGAAGUUCUUAGUGAAAAGCUUCCUGAGGAUUGGGACAAAACUCCAGUCAAAACACUUGUCGGAAAUAAUUUCGAUGAAGUCGCUUUCGAUGCUGAAAAAGACGUAUUCGUCUCAUUUUACUCGCCAUGGUCUGAUGACUCCAAAAAAUUGGCACCGAUCUUUGACGAACUUGGUGAAAAAUACAAAGACUCUGAAACGGUUGUCAUCGCCAAAUUUGACGCAACUGCAAAUGAACUCGAUCCGGAACAACCGAAAGUCGACACCUAUCCCACAUUGAGACUGUACAAAAAGGGUGACAAUGAAGUUUCGUAUUACGCUGGCAAGCUAUCGGUGGACGCUUUUGUCAAAUUCAUAGAGAGUGGCGGAGAAGAGAUCACACCGGUAGAUGUAAAGGAAACGGAGGAUGAAGAUGAGUCCGAAGGUGUGGAGACGUCGGAAGAUGUGGACGAUGAGCCGGAGGAAGAUGAGUACAAGUUUGAAGAAGAUGAACGGGAAGACAAAGAUGAACUUUGAGUUGAUACAAUAUUCUACAAUAAAUUGAUUCCGUU